GAUCCUCUGACUAUCCGUGAGCCUGUGAGCAUUAAAUGUGUACGAUAUGGCGGAUGGGAAGGAAGAAGAGGAUGAGGCUUUAGAUUUCACGUCGCCAAAAUUUAAUCCCUUGAAAGCGUUAUAUUCUAAGAAUGUUCGUCUUCCAAUCGAAAAUGCGCCAGUUUUUGAUAAUAUACAUAAAUACCACUCAUCAUUAAACCCUCGUGAGAAAAAGAAAAAGGUUGAUAAGGAUAGUGAACCAGGCCCAUCUUCAGAAGAACAACCAGUGAGGCGCUUUCUUCCACAUCAGCAGCCUGUCCGAAACCCUCGGCCACAACGAGACACACGCAACGUGUUGACCCGCAUGGAGAACGCCACGGGUCCUCUUUCCUUACUCUGGGAUUGCAUGGAGCGACGCGUCAGAAUCAAGGUGCUCACGCGGCACAUGGCCGGAAUGCGCGGCUACUGCGUUGCCUUCCUGGCGGCGUUCGACAAGCAGUGGAACCUGGCUUUGGAGGAUGUACGUGAAGUGUGGACACGCCGGAAGAGGAGGAAGGUGCCCGCCCUGGGUGAACCCAGUGCAGUUAGCAGGGCGGUGCUGCAGCCGCGUGUUGUGGUUCUGCGAACCGAGCGUAAGUCGGAAGUGUGUGAGCGACAUGUGAACCAACUUUUGGUGCGAGGCGAGCAUGUGGUGCUUAUCUCGGUGCUGCAGCCUUGAGAGAAGAGGUUCUUCAGAAGAUGUAAAGAAGACAUCCUGUUGGCAGACGCUAAAUUGACGCUUCAGCUCCAUUUUGUGAAGUUAUUUAUUGCAGUUUUUUAAAAAUUAAAAACUUGACGUGUAGUAAAUACAUUCAUGUCAAUGACAUCUGAUUUUUCUAGAUUUAUAUGACAUAAGUGGUAUUUUGAGAUGAAAUAUGUACAGAUUUAAUACAGUAUCUGAUAUAAAAACAAAAAACAAACUCCGUGGUCUUAGAUCGCAAGCGAACUAUACC